UGUCGCAUAAUAGUUUGAAAAUUUCGGGGAAGUCGUAAAUAAUGCAAUUGUACUAAUAUAUUUUGUUGUAAAUUCAACUCGAAAGAUCCAAAAAUGGAUAUCAUAUUGCCAUAUAAUACGCAGAACCGGGAGCACUUCUGUAAUUCUGCACUGAAAGCUGGAUUUCAUGAAUUUGUUGCGAUUAAAAUGCUGUACACUAUGAAAGACUCCGAUUUGGAUGUGUUUCAACUGAUGGGACGCGAACGUUUGGAAUUACUGUUUUAUGGUUGGGAGGUAUGUCAGAUGCAUUGGGAUGACCUGGGAAAUAAGAACGUUAUACCACCCUAUUUGAACACUGUCCUAAAGCAAAUUGUACAAUAUUCACUGGACAUUUGGUUUAGCAAGGAGUGGGAGGAGUGCAGACCCCACCACAAAGCUAUGCUCCUUGUUUGUAUUAAGCGUGCAAAAAAUGUGUUGCAAAAAUUACCUGGUAGCGAUAUCUUCAAUUGGGAGUACGCACUACAAUUGGGUGUCAAACCGUGGGAUAUACCAUAUUUAAAUCAGUUUAUGGUAUGUAAUAGAAAUUUGGUUGAAAGUUUGAAGCAGUCGAGUGAGCAUGUAGAGGCACCAGCUACAGUUGAAGAUAUCCAACAUCUUCAAAAGGAGGGUUUAGCCUUGCUAUUAUUGCGUCUCAUCAAACUCUUUGACGGCGGCAUUUUCGAAGGUGUUCGUAAAUUAUCGAUGCGCAUCAUUGCUGCCUGGAAUCAUGAGUAUGAACAGAGCAAGCUCGAAGCAAAACUUGCGCAUCCAGAAGUGAAAAACCAGCACAAAACGUGUUUAAUACUUAUAUGCCAUAUUUACUUAAUGGCCAUAUAUGAAAUGGAUGAUAUACGCGGUUUCGUUAUUGAUAAUGUGCUAAAUAACAUACGUUUUUACUAUCGAAAUAUGAUAGACUGUGCAAGCAUUAAAGAAAAUUCAGCGGAGCAAAUGGAAUACACGCCAGCCCGUUAUAUUGCCAUAACGUGUAUUAAUCUGCAAAUAAGUAGUAAUGAGUUCAUUGAUGCCUUCAUAUACGAUUCAUACGACGAAAAUUUCGUUAGCCUUUUUGGUGUUAUAUCACAAUCCUAUAUGAGCUAUUUGCUUGGUCAUCAAAUAAUGGAAAUGAAUAAAUUGAAUGAGGACGAUUUCAAUAAGUGCAUCGAAGAUUUUAAACGUGUUAUUCAUUUGUAUAUAAUUGAAAGGGAACGAAGCGAAGAAUUUAUGAUGAACGAAUUGCACAAAAAAGAAAUGAAACGCCGUAGCCACAGCUUGUCGAUUACUAAAGAAAAUCUUACAUGUUUCUAUACUAAAAUGUGUAAAGGGAAUCGCCUGAGCAACAUUGGCAGUACGGAGCAUACAGAUGGUGGAAACAAACAACUUUUUGCAGCGGAUGAGGAAAACGAACGUCGCGUUGAUCCAGUUUUCCAAAAUUUGCCAAAUAACUCCGAUGUGCUCAAUUAUGUUUAUACUGUAUUGGUGAAGCGGACACACAGAGGCUGGUACUUCGCUAAGCUUAUAGUACUGCUAAAGAUUAUUGGACUGCAAUUGAAUGCCAUUGAAACUUGGCGCUAUCAUCCAGGUUUAACACCUGAAUUCUUACUAAACCUCGAAGUAAAACUCUCCAAACACUUUGAAGAUUUGGCAUUAAUUUUCCAAGAACAUCUUUUUAUGGAACAAGAAUUUUGGUUGACUGGCUUUUAUUUAAAUCCCUGUAAAAAGUACUAUGAAACUGUAAUACGUAGUGGUAUGCGCGCGAAUCGUCUGAGUCACCGUUUUGAAACUGGUGAAAACUACGAUGAUGAGGAAAGAUACGAUAGUAGAAGAGAUCGGCGCGAAAAAGGUGACAAAGGAGAGAAAGUGAAUGCUAUUAAUGCUAAGUACGGAUUGCUUAGUUCAACUAUUGAUGUAAAAGAAAUUGUAAAAUUAGCAAACCACGAUGCACCCGAGAUUGAUUAUGGACAAUUGUGCAACGCUUUGCGGGCCUUCAAACUACCCGAAAACACCAUUAAAGAUCUGCUCACUGUCAUUUUCCUGCCACGAAAUAAAAGUUUUGCUUGGGCUCUUAAUUGGGUCGAAUUGCGCAAGCGUUGCAAAAGUCUGCUAAAAGAUGCCGAACAGAAACGCCACUUUAUAGAGCUGAAUAUGGCUGAGGCAAAUGAUCGUCUUAAAUUUUUGAAAAUUGACUAUGAAAAGUACAAACAUCGGCCGCAGUUAGAUUAUGGUAGUAUCGAGCAGGGCUAUGAGAAUACAGGCAUGCCAAAUUUUAGCAAAGACAGUAGCGAUGAGAAUGAGGAUGAAGACUCCGAAGACUUUGAAGCCGAUUCCGAUUUGGAUGAGCCGGCUAAGCAUGAACCUAAGAAAACCGAUCACUCGCUACUAUUCGAUACGUAUUUCAUGAGUACACGCCGUACACGAGCACGUGCUGCCGCCAUGAUUGCGAAUGUCUUGGAAAAGGAUGAAAUUAUGUCAAACGAAGAAAAGGAGGAGGACAUAAAGAAAUCAGAUCAGCUAACCGAAGAAGUGAAGGAAUCAGUUUGUGAUACCAGUGAAGCUGGCACAGCCACAAUAAAUGAGACGAAACGUGAUUUUAACGAAAUUCUAAAUGAACGCAAAGUGUUCAGCAAUAGUACCAGCGGUUUCAAUCCAUUUCCAGAUAUUUGGAGUUUAAAUGGGCAAGAAUUGAAAACCAUAGAGAAUAAUGUACCUCAUUUAGAGACUAGCACCUUGUUCAAUAAGUCGGCCAAGUUAGAAGUAUUGAAAACGAAUAGCAUCAAACUACUUAACGAGCAGAGAUUAAAGUAUAAAAUGUUAGAAGAGAGGCGUCAACAAAUAAGGAACGCGGAAGCUAUUAUGCGAGCUGAGGAAGCUCAAAAGUUUGGAAAGAACAAAGAGACUGGCAAGGAAGGAAGUAUGCAGAAAACUUCAGCUUCCGCAGAAACAAAUAAGGACAAAUCAGAGUCAUUUACCGAUUUGGAAAUGCAUGAAGAUGAAAGCGACGUCUCUACAACUGCGCGUCGCGACAGUGACGAAGUAAAUGACUUAAGUAAAGACGAACAGAUGGACCAAAGCGAGGAUGUACUCGUCGCUACAGACAAAGAGCGCCAAAGCCCUGUAAAGGCGAAAAAUCAUGCAGUCGCCAAAAAUGAAUCAAAUUUAUCCGUAGUGACGCGCGUUAAAAAUGAAAAGAAUUCGAAUAAUGAUAAGUGCGGAACGACUGCAAGUACAGUACAGAACGAAUCGCACCCAACAGAACAAGAGGAUCUACUAAAACUUUGCAUGGCAAAGAAAUUGCGGGUUAGAUUGCGCAGAUUGACAGUCGCAGAUGUGCAAAAAUUACGACAGCCAAGUGUGCGUUUGCAGCGCAUGAAUUUGCAGGAGGUAGCUAAUCAAAUGGGAAAGCCGCGGCGUGCUGAAAGGAAAGUCUACAUUGAUUUGGAUGAAACGUCAAAGUCCAGCAAUAAUUCGUUUUGUGGUGAACGCACCUUAACAGAUACGCUUAAACGACGCUUAUACUCCUCCGAGUCGUCUACAGAGUCGGACGAAUUCAACAAAAGACGGCGUGGGGGUCGGGCAAUUCGCGGCAGAGGUCUUUCGAGUGGACACGUACGAACUCAACGUGGUGGACUAUUGAAGAGCUUAAAGGUGACGCCACGCAGUGCAAGUGGGUUGAAAUUUCGGAUCUCAACCAGCGAAAUAUCAAGUAGUGGUGGCGCCAACGCAACCACAAAUGCCAGUAUGGCUGGUGUAAAAGCCAAUAGCUUGCCCGUUAUUGAUUACAUACAAAUCUCUUCCUCGUCAUCGUCAGACGACUUGGAGCCUUACAGUCAAUUAGACGUGGUGCGAGAGGAAGAGAAAAUGGAUGUAGCAAUCGAUCCACUAUAUGAGGAGGAAAUACCUAUAUUUAGACUUUAGUUGAAAUGAAUGAAGACAUCAUGGUAGUGAAUAAAUAUUAUUUAUGGAAAUAAUAAAACGUUCACGUUGCGUCAUAAACACCAGCUUAA